CGAACGUCUCUGCUCCUCUCCCUCUCUCUCUCUCAGACAUCCGACGACUACCCAUAAAUUGCGGCGAGAGAUGAUGCAAUCUCGCUUCAAUUCCCUAGUUCGUGCCCUCAAAUCAUCCACCCAAAAGCGGAGGCAUUUCUCUUCCGCCGUCGAGACCCCCAACAAACCCGAAUUUCCCGGAACUUUGGCUGGACUACGGGCCCGUUUGGCCGCCGAAUCGCCGGUCCUCUCCGAUUUCAUUGGACUCCAGGAUCCUAAUCAGUAUUCUGUGGAAGUUGGGACGAAGAGGAAACCCCUUCCAAAACCAAAAUGGAUGAAGGAAUCCGUCCCUGGUGGCGAGAAGUACGUUCAGAUUAAAAAGAAGUUGAGGGAGUUGAAGCUACAUACUGUGUGCGAGGAGGCGAGAUGCCCCAAUCUCGGUGAGUGCUGGUCCGGUGGGGAGACGGGAACGGCCACUGCCACCAUCAUGAUUUUGGGUGAUACUUGCACUCGCGGUUGCAGGUUCUGUAAUGUGAAGACAUCACGGACGCCUCCUCCACCUGAUCCUAAUGAACCAGCAAAUGUUGCUGAGGCAAUUGCAUCCUGGGGCUUGGAUUAUGUGGUGAUUACUAGUGUUGAUCGGGAUGAUCUGACUGAUCAAGGGAGUGGCCAUUUUGCAGAGACAGUGCAGAAGUUGAAGGCGUUGAAACCGAAUAUGCUGAUAGAAGCAUUGGUUCCUGAUUUUCAAGGAGACUCUAGCUGUGUAGAGAAAGUUGCAAAAUCUGGAUUAGAUGUCUUUGCUCACAAUAUUGAGACAGUUGAAGAACUUCAAAGUGCUGUACGUGAUCGCCGUGCAAAUUUUAAUCAAUCUUUAGAUGUUCUAAUGAUGGCCAAAGACUAUGCUCCUGCUGGAACACUUACAAAGACUUCAAUAAUGUUAGGGUGUGGUGAAACACCUGAACAAGUUGUGAAAACAAUGGAGAAGGUUAGAGCUGCAGGUGUUGAUGUGAUGACAUUUGGUCAAUACAUGAGACCAUCAAAGCGUCACAUGCCAGUAACAGAGUACAUUACUCCUGAGGCUUUUGAGAAGUAUCGGGCUCUUGGCAUGGAUAUGGGAUUUCGAUAUGUGGCAUCUGGUCCCAUGGUUAGGUCAUCAUACAAGGCCGGGGAAUUCUACAUCAAAUCCAUGAUAGAAUCUGAUCGUGCUGCUUCCUCUUCAUAGCUUCACAUUAAAUAAUCUUCUUUUUACCGUAUUGUAACAGAAAUCCAUCCCACAGCAGAAAACCGUCGGAUGAUACAUAUUCUUGGAUUGUAGAGCCCGAGCUCAACUGAAGCUGGGAAUACUGUCUAAUUUUAGUUUUAUUCCAGUUGUAUAUUCGAUUUGUUGUAAUUAUCAGCUACUAUUGCUGGCUUUUUAAUUGAGGUUUUCCUUGUAUAACUUAUGCUUUGGAGCAUGAGGAUACUGAUCAAUGCAUCCUGAAAAGCUUAUUUUUACC